AUGGGGCUGUUUGAUCGAGGUGUUCAAAUGCUUUUAACCACCGUUGGUGCUUUCGCUGCCUUCAGUCUGAUGACCAUAGCUGUGGGAACCGACUAUUGGCUCUACUCCAGAGGGGUUUGCAAGACCAAAAGUGUCAGUGAGAAUGAAACCAGCAAAAAGAACGAGGAAGUUAUGACCCAUUCUGGAUUAUGGAGAACCUGCUGCCUAGAAGGGAACUUUAAAGGUCUCUGCAAGCAGAUCGAUCACUUCCCAGAGGACGCAGAUUACGAAGCUGACACAGCAGAAUAUUUCCUCCGGGCCGUGAGAGCCUCGAGCAUCUUCCCGAUCCUGAGCGUGAUUCUGCUUUUCAUGGGCGGGCUCUGCAUCGCAGCCAGCGAGUUCUACAAGACCCGACACAACAUCAUCCUGAGUGCCGGCAUUUUCUUCGUGUCCGCAGGUCUGAGUAACAUCAUUGGCAUCAUAGUCUACAUAUCUGCCAAUGCCGGAGACCCCUCCAAGAGCGACUCCAAAAAGAAUAGUUACUCGUACGGCUGGUCUUUCUACUUCGGGGCCCUGUCCUUCAUUAUCGCCGAGAUGGUCGGGGUGCUGGCCGUGCACAUGUUUAUCGACCGGCACAAACAGCUGCGGGCCACGGCCCGCGCCACGGACUACCUCCAGGCCUCGGCCAUCACCCGCAUCCCCAGCUACCGCUACCGCUACCAGCGCCGCAGCCGCUCCAGCUCCCGCUCCACCGAGCCCUCACACUCCAGGGACGCCUCCCCCGUGGGCAUCAAGGGCUUCAACACCCUGCCGUCCACGGAGAUCUCCAUGUACACCCUCAGCAGGGACCCCCUGAAGGCCGCCACCACGCCCACCGCCACCUACAACUCCGACAGGGAUAACAGCUUCCUCCAAGUUCACAACUGUAUCCAGAAGGAGAACAAAGACUCCCUCCACUCCAACACAGCCAACCGCCGGACCACCCCCGUAUGA